CCCAUUCAUACCCUAUUUUUCUCUCUAUUCUGAAAAGUUUUUUUCUUUAUUCAAAAAUUUGUUUAGAAAAAAAGAAAAGAAAAGAAAAACUGAUAGUAGUGAGUUUGUAUGUGAAGAAGAUUCCUUGUCUACUCUCUCUUAGAUAUAAGAAAAAAGAAAAAUUAUUAGUAGAGAGAUUCUUUGCUUUGCCAUAGAAAUCUCACUCCCCUCUCCACUUCUCAAUUCUCCAAUUCCCCUUUUAUAUUCAUCUCUCUCUCUCUCUCUCUCUCUCUCUCUUCAAUUUCUGAUUUUGUUCCAUUUCAUUGUUUUUUCUCUAUCUGAGCUGAGCAUCGAGUUAGACACCUGAAAUUCAAUUUCUUUAACCUUUGAGAAGAACCCACUUCGAUCCUCCCUUUCUUCAUUAUCUAAGUUAAAGGAAAUUCCCAUAUUUUUAUAGAUAAUAUCAUAUAUUAUUAACAUUUUUUUUUUAAUUUAUACAAAAAUGGAGAAAUAUGAGCUUGUGAAGGACAUAGGAUCUGGGAAUUUCGGGGUGGCUAGGCUUAUGAGAAACAAGGAGACCAAAGAGCUCGUUGCCAUGAAAUACAUCGAGCGCGGCCACAAGAUUGAUGAAAAUGUGGCAAGAGAAAUCAUAAACCAUAGAUCUCUUAGACAUCCAAACAUAAUCCGGUUUAAGGAGGUUGUCUUGACUCCUACUCAUCUCGCUAUUGUCAUGGAGUAUGCUGCAGGUGGAGAGCUCUUUGAGCGUAUCUGCACCGCGGGAAGAUUCAGUGAAGAUGAGGCCAGAUAUUUUUUCCAGCAGCUUAUCUCAGGAGUUAAUUAUUGUCAUUCUAUGCAAAUAUGCCAUCGAGAUCUGAAGUUAGAAAAUACUUUGCUGGAUGGAAGCCCUGCUCCUCGCCUGAAAAUUUGUGACUUUGGUUAUUCUAAGUCGUCCCUACUCCAUUCAAGACCCAAAUCAACUGUGGGAACUCCAGCAUAUAUUGCACCAGAGGUUCUUUCUCGAAGAGAGUAUGAUGGCAAGUUGGCAGAUGUAUGGUCAUGCGGGGUGACUCUUUAUGUUAUGCUGGUAGGAGCAUACCCCUUCGAAGAUCAAGAGGACCCAAAGAAUUUCAGGAAAACCAUUAAUCGAAUAAUGGCUGUUCAAUACAAGAUUCCAGAAUAUGUUCACAUAUCUCAGGAUUGCAGGCAUCUCAUUUCUCGCAUUUUUGUUGCAAAUCCUGCCAAGAGGAUCACCAUUAAAGAAAUCAAGAACCACCCAUGGUUUUUAAAGAACUUGCCCAGGGAACUGACGGAAGCAGCUCAAGCCAUGUACUACAGGAGAGAAAACCCAAGCUUUUCCAUCCAAACUGUUGAAGACAUUAUGAAGAUAGUGGAUGAAGCAAAAUCUCCUCCACCUUCUUCCCGGUCAGUUGGAGGUUUUGGUUGGGUAGGAGAAGAAGAUGGUGAUGCAAAGGAAGAAGCAGAGGCUGAGGAGGAGGAAGAGGAGGACGAGUAUGAGAAGAGAGUGAAAGAGGCUCAUGCAAGUGGUGAAGUGAAUAUCAGUUGAGUACCAGAUCUGCUCAUCCUUUAAUUACUAGGAAAUGAGGAAUUUCGGUUUUCCAAUUCUGUUUGUAUAAAAGUCUAUCUUCUGAUUAGAACAUGGGAUUGAAUAAAUGUUUGUAAAUUUAUAGUGUUCUGGUGAAGAAAUUGUCUCAACUGUAUCUAGAGAAAUGGUUAAUUAUCUUGCUAUUGUUACCUUGGAAGUUUUAGGGUUUAAAAGAGAUGCUUUUGUGAGUUUGAGUCCUAUUGCUACAUUAGCCAUUAUGAAGGAAUUAUUUUGUUGAAGACCAUAAGUGUCUUUCUUGCAA